CUAGUACCUAGGCCCCUAUUUCCACCCUUAACACUCGGCCGAGCCCAAGACACGCAACAUAAAACCACAUGCUUUAAUUCACGAACACCAGUUACAGGUCAGUUUUCUACAAAAUUACCUGGAAUUAUUUACAAAAUCGGUAGAAAUAACACAAGUUUGUAUCUCUUCUUAUCAGGGUUUUUUUACCAGAAAUUUCCACGAUUUUUUGGUUUCGUGAUUUAUACAUAUGAAUAAAUUACCUACGGGGUAAAAAACCUUUCGUGAUUUGGUUGCGUGUUGGUAACUGAAUUUGUCACAGCUCUAUGCAAAUUACCUGGUAUAAAGCCGUCAAAUGAAGCAAAGGCCGGUAGAAGUCAUUGGGUUGAGCAGCGCCGAUCGUUCCAUGGUACAGGUCUCCCAAAAAAGUCAAGAAAAACAACAAGAAAAAGUGGAAUUCAAACGGAUUUCAGAUGGGAUCGGAAGAUAUACAAAAAAUUCCAGCAGUUGUAACCUUAAAUGUCGGUGGACAUUUCUUCACAACUCGUCUCUCUACCCUCAAGAAAGACCAAGACUCGAUGCUUGCGUCAAUGUUCAGCGGACGCUUCAAUCUAGACGUAGACAGCGAAGGACGUUUUUUUAUUGACCGUGACGGAACUUACUUCGGUUUCCUCCUAAACUACUUGCGUGACCCAUCCCAGCUCCCGCCCGCUUCCGUCGCGAUGCAGGUAUACCGCGAAGCGCAGUACUACAGAAUCGAAGGACUCAUGGCUAUGCUGGAAUGUUAUCCAGCAGUUAUACCCAUUGGCCGUUUAGAUGAACAGAAAGCAGCAUUCGGAGAAGAUUAUUACAUGUGGAAACAGACUAUAUUGGAAACUGUUCGACAAAAGUAUGGUGACAUCUUGAGGUACUCGCUUGGUCAGGAUUGCAUGGUGACAUGUGUCAGGUACAUUUCAAAGGAAGAUUUUCUCACUGCAACAAGUGAUUGUAAGCACACCAUUUCAACACAGCACGUUGGUACCACUGGAGUGCAGGAGCAGGAAUUCUACCAACACAACUUCUUCUGCUCUGAUGAGGGAGGCCGGCUUGGUUUCUUUAUAGGACCUGAGAUUCCAAUGGUAGAUUUUAUAAUUGCAGAAAAAGAGAUUAAGGAUGUUCGACUGUUUACAUCUGUUUUGGAAAAGGAUUUAAGACAUGAGGGUUUUUGUGUAAGUGGUCGCUCAUCACACACCUGGAAAUGCUCCAGGUGUGAUAUUAAGGGGUACCUUCAUCAGAUGGCAUUCCGUUGGUCGUUCCUUCAUGGACCUCAGGCACACAACCAUUAUGGUGUCCAAGACCAGUGAAAUAAUGACCACUCCACCCAUAAUUCAUUUUUCCACAUUUGUAAUAUUAGGUCCACAAAACAAGGUAUUCCCUAGACAUUGAAUAUAGAUUAGGACAAUUGUGAGAUAUAAGGUACACAGUUUCGGAUUAAAUGAUAUAUUGAAUGUUAUUAUUAAUCCACUCACAUACUAUCACGAAUCUCGCAAUUUGAUUGGCUUCUGUACUCACUGUCUAUUGAACCGACUGCGAAUUAUUAAAAUCGUAAUUUUUUCAAAGGUAGUAUGUGAGUGGAUUUAUACUAAAACAAUUAGACUACUUGUUCUCAUUGACUAUCUAUUGACUCAAAAACUCAAACUCAAAGUCUAUUUAUUAAAUAUAUUGGGUCUUCUGGAGAAGAAUUAUACAGAUUAAAAAAAGAAUAAACAAAAAUCAACAUAAAUCUAUUAAAAAUUCAACAACAAAUAAUAGUAAAGCUUUUAAAAAAUGCCAGGGCAUAACAAGAUAAUAUUUAUUAAUAGGCUAGAAGUUUAUACAUUAUGCAAAAUUGUAAAUAAAAAAAAAGAAAUUGUCAGAAAUUCUCAUCUAUCAUCAACUUCUUUAUAUUUAUAUUUACAGGUUUUUAUGUGUUUUGUUAUCUCUGUUUCCUGUGCCCCCCCCCUCGAUAGCUUCCCCUCGCAGUGAAUCAUGGGAGUACUGUACCCCCCUGUGGUCCCGCCAAAUACGAACAAACAACGACCGAUGUAAAAUCCAAGAUGGCGGAAAGCUGUCUUCAUAAACGUGUCGAAAUAUGUAUAAAUGCGAGCGAAGUAGCUAGCGCUGUUGGUAAACAUCCUUACCAGCGAAGAAAAGAUACUUUGCAGAAGGCAUGGCAUCGGUCACAUCAGGAAUCGUUUUGCUUUGCCAAUGCGCGUGUCCCAGUUUGUCAGGCCGAAGUUUCCUCGAUUGUCAACGAGUUCAUAGAGGGCGAUGCCGAAGCAAGGUUGGAGUUAGCUUUGGAGGAGAAUUGGGAAAAGGAAAAGUUUGUUGAAACUCUAAAGCAUAUAAUACUGUCGCCAUCUCAGCCUAUUAGAAGGCUGUUUAAUAGAAUUUUGAAAGCGUUAAAGAACAAACUCUUUCCCGACGAGCGAGAGCUACGAACUAUCGAGAAUGCUGGAGUUACAAAAAGUACUCUCGAUGAAGCUGUUGACUCGUUGUGUAAGGACGAGAGUUUGCUUGUACAAGAGGUAGCAAAAAAGGUUUGUUCUAACGCAGGUACAACCGGUCCUGAUGUCAUCAAGGCCACCGAGUCUCGACUUACUAAA